AUGGAAUCCUGUAGUUUUGGUAUGGUCUUUAUAAUUUAAACAAUAAUUUAAAGUAAGUUUGCUGAAGAAAGCUGUGUUGGAAAACAAAUAAAGACGUCUUAUCUGCAUCUAUUUUGCCUACGGACUCUAACUUUUACGCGAACAAAACUUGCUCACUCUACCAGCGAUAGCCGCAAAUGGAAAGCCACUACAUAAUGCUUUAUUAUAUUACUUAUUUAAAAGUAUAUUGUUUCAAGUAUCUUCAUGCCAUUGACAAUAGUGUACUAUAGAAAUAAAUAUAUCAACAGUAUUGCCUAAUGCCAGAAUAUCCUGUUUAAUGCCCUUAUUCUUUUACAGGUUAUCAUAAAAUCAUCACUCUACAGUACAUUCCAUUGGUUUCUUCCUUGUGAAUAUGGAUGUUUCCAAGCCUAAAUCGACCAGCAAAGGUGCCACACGUGCCACAGGACCCGGUAGUCCCCACAAGGGCCCGCCUAAGUUCAAACAGAGGUCAACACGCCAGUUUAAGAGCAAACCACCCAAAAAGGGUGUCAUUGGAUUUGGUGAAGAGAUUCCCGGAAUGGAGGGAUUGGGAACAGACUUUAAUGUAAUCUGUCCAUGGGAGGCGUACAGUCACCUGGAGUUGCAUGAGCUGGCCCAGUACGGCAUUAUAUGAUGUCACUUCCUGUUAUCCUUGAUCCACCAGCAACAUCCUGCACCUUAAUAUCUUAUUUACACAUUCACAUUUAGCAAUAUCUUCAGCAAAUGUUUGGUUAGUCAUAGAUGGACAGCGUUUGUAAGUAACUAACUCGAAUUAGUUAAUCUACCUCUUCAAACUGAAGUUUCAUGUAGUACUAGGUUUCACUCUUUCGCCAAUGAUAAUCUCAGAUAACUUUUCUUAUUCCUUGUUUUUUACUUCAUCAUCUUUCCUAAUCAUAGAAUUGUUUUAUUAUUGUGGUAUGGGCAUUAUAGCUGCAACAUCUGGCUUUAGUUUUCAUAAAAAUGUAUGGGAUGUAGCACCAUGCAGCUGGAUCUUUUUAAUGAUGGAUGUUUUUAUUUUCAUUUUGUUAAGCUGGAAGAGUGGUGUCAUGUACAGAAUCAGUGUGUGUAUGUGUGCGCGCUGUGGGUCUCAGCGUCUGCCGCGCAGUACUGGGAGCAGCUCUCUAUGAGAAACCGGCCCAGUUUAUUGGCCUUAUAAUGCUGGAGAACCAUACUAGAAUGAGCCCAACUCAUUCCCGGCAGCACAGAAGUGGUUUGGACGUCAAUUAAAGCUUGAUUAUUUUCAUACUU